AUGUCGCCUUCGGGCAUCCCUCAGCCUUUCAAGGAUGAGGAUGGACACAAUGGACUUUCGCAUGGGGCUGCUGAGCCUUUAGAUGCGGAGUCAGGGUCAUGGUCCUUGCAAAGUCCGGAAGGGAUUCUGCAGGCCUUGGUGUCAGCGCAUGUCUUGGCCCAUAGGGAUGGAUACAGCGACCUGGAAUCCACACAGGACCUGAGGAAGUAA